UGUACACAAAUGUACCCUGUAAGAGACUGAGGGCGGGAAACAGCUAGCUCACUCAGCUAGCCUGUCAGGAGCUAACUCUGUGUUUUUCUGGAAGCGUCCGCUCGCGACUGUUGCCAUGGUUACACUGUUUACACGCUUUAAGACGGGACCGUCGCUCGUGUCGUUGCGGUUUAUUCGUCAAUAAAGUGACGUGAGACGUCCACGCACACGCGUGACUUUUUUGCGGGUGAACAGGCGGCGGGUUACUUUGUCGACAUGGUGCAGCUGCACGUGAAGCGUGGAGAGGAAAGCCAGUUUCUUUACAACACCACCGUGGACGUCCCACUGGAGACGGUGAUCAAGGAGGUCACAGCCGUUUACAACGGGAGGCUCAAAGUGGACAGAGUGUGUUCAGAGAUCCCAGAGCUGGCAGACCAUGGCGUCACGCUGCCACCCAACAUGCAGGGGCUGACAGAGGAGCAGGUCGUGGAGCUGAGACUGAAGGACGAGUGGGAGGACAAGUGUGUGCCCAGCGGGGGGCCGGUGUUAAAGACCGAUGAGAUGGGGAGGAGAAACGGACACGCUCCAAAUGACAAAAUGAAGGAGGUGCUGAUGAGAACGAUGGAGGAGGCGAAGGCGCUGAUCUCCAAAAAACAAGUUCAAGCUAACGUUUGUGUCACCAUGGAGAUGGUAAAAGAAGCCCUGGACCAGCUAAGGGGUGCAGUCAUGAUCGUCUAUCCAAUGGGGCUGCCCCCUCACGACCCUAUCAGGAUGGAGUUUGAGGACCGGGAAGACCUUUCAGGAACGCAGGCAUCUCUGCAGGUGAUCACAGAGGACGAGUGCCAGCUAUGGUGGGCUGCCAAAGAAAUGCAGAGGGGGAAAAAACUGCAAGACUAUGUUGGCAAAAAUGAAAAGACAAAGCUUGUGGUCAAAAUCCAAAAGAGAGGGCAGGGGGCACCAGCGAGGGAGCCUCUGAUCACAGACGAGCAGCAAAAACAGAUGAUGCUGAACUACUACAGGAGGCAGGAGGAGCUCAAGAAACUGGAGGAGGCGGAUGACGAUAGCUACCUAAACUCGGAGUGGACAGACAGACAGGCACUGAAAAAACAAUUUCAAGGUCUCACCAACAUCAAAUGGGGACCGAGAUAAAAACCACUACCACUCAGAGUCCCACCUGAGAGCUGCUGCUCUCACUUCAUCCUUCACAGCUCUGUAUCCAACAGACUAAGAGGCCUUAUCAGAACCCUGAAGUCAGCUCACUGUCUGUGUCACAUGCUUUGGACUUGAACUGAUUGUAAAGUGGACAGCUGAACACAUUGUCUGACAGUACAGGUUAAAACAAUGUGACACGUAACAACUUCAAUUUGAUUUCUUUACUAAUUGUUAUAACCGUGUUGUAAAGUUGUAUUUUUGUUGAAGCUGUGUGAGCAUGUACUGCACAUUUUUAUUGUGUAAGGAAAAGAUAAUAAAGUGUUUCCAAUGCA